AUGAAUUGCUUUGAAGCAGCUCACAACACAAGAUGGACGGUACCAUCUCUGGUGCGGUAUCACCUCGAUCAAAACACAAAUCACACAUUUUUUGAGGAUGCCUGUGGUCAGAAAUUCAACGGCAAAGACACUCAUCAAGCUGUUUACAGAGCCGCUGCUUACAUCCAGCAUCAACUUAAUCACAACAAUGACCAGGCAGUCGGGCUCUACUUGGAAAAUGAGAUAUUAAGCUAUUCUUCGAUAGCGAAAGGUGUCAAUGUGUCGGGUAAUAGAUUCAUUGCACUUUCCAACAGGAAUUCAGUGGCGGCGUUGGCCUAUCUUAUCAAAAAGUCAGAGACUCACCACUUAGUAUACGGCAAUACAUCUUUACAGCUCACCAAAAACGCCAAAGCAGUCAAAAAUGAACUAGCCAAGGAUGGCUACGCGCUUAAUCUAAUCGAAACACCUUCAUUAGAUAUGCUGUUGCCAAAGUCGGGUGAGUUCAACGUCAACUUAGACCCACUUCCUCCACAUUUCGAGGAAGACUCGAAUGUAGUAAUCAUGCUCCACUCUUCGGGUUCUUCAGGUGACUUUCCAAAGCCUAUCAAGCUUACAAACGAGUCUAUUCGGGGCUGGAUCCUUGCACAAAAUCCUACGGCCGACAACAAUGUGAUGGAUUUAUGGGGAAAGAAGCUUUACGCAGGUGCAUUGCCAACGUUCCAUGCGAUGGGUAUCUUGUUUCAUGUUAUAGGAUCGCUAUCCACGCCUUACAUCAAUACCAUUCCCAAAAUUGACAUUCCACCUCCAUUUCCUACUCCUCAAGGUAUCCUCGAUGGUGCCAGGCAAACGGAAAGCCACAUCGUAGUCGCCGUUCCAGCCUUCAUUGAAGAAUGGGCCAAAGAUCCGGAAAGUGUCGAAUUUCUCAAGAAGUUAGAUUUAGUGAUGUUUGGUGGUGCUCCAUUAGGUGAAAUUGGGGCUACUUUAGCAAAAGAAGGUGUGCCACUACUUUCGAACUACGGCAACACAGAGUGCGGAGCUUCCAGCUCCAUCUUCGAAAUUAGGCCUCGAAGCAAUGUGGACGACUGGGCUUUUGCGGUGCUCUCGUCGAAUCACCACUACAGGCUGGCUGAUCAGGGUGAUGGUCUAUUUGAACUCCAGUUCCUCCAAACCGAUAAACACGUACCAUCUGUUAAUAACCUGGAUGAUGUCAAAGGAUAUGCCACUGGUGAUCUUGUGGAGAGACACCCAACGAAACCUAAUUUGGUUAAGAUUGUUGGCAGAUCAGACAGCCAAAUUAUCCUGGCAUCUGGUGAAAAGACAAAUCCCGAGCCAAUCGAGCGCAUUAUCAAUGCAAAUCCUCUGAUCUCAGGAUCGGUGAUGUUUGGAAGACAAAGAAGUGUUAACGGUAUACUUAUACAGCCUAAUGAUACCGUGGACAACGCUGAAAGCUUCAUUGAUGGCAUUUGGCCGUCCGUCGAAUCUGCAAAUCAGCAUGCACCACAACAUUCCCGCUUGCAAAAGUCCUUGAUUGUUGUUGUUGAUUUAAGCAGGCCACUUCCUGUUACUCCAAAAGGCAGUAUCAAGCGUAAACCCGCGAUCGAGCUCUACAGGAAGGAGAUCGACAGAGCUUACGACAGCGCGAAUGAUGUUGGCGUUGGUUUAGUUGCAUUUGAUAGUGCGAAUGUCUUGGCAUCUGUCUCAGCGAUUGUCAAGUCAGUGAUCGGCAAUACUGUCGAAGAUGACGUUGACCUUGUCUCGCAAGGCAUGGACUCUAUGCAGGCGACAAUAAUCCGCAAUAAGCUCGUCGCAUCCCUGAAAGCCUUCAAAAAUGUAUCUUUAGCUGCAACAAUCGCGUUUCAGCACCCGAAAAUCACUCUUCUUUCCGAUUUUGUUGGGCAGCUGCUAAAUGACGACAGCAAACAUCUGUCAGAGGAGGAAAUAAUUGCUGCGAAGGCUGCCGAGAUCGAUGCAACGAUUGCUUUGCACACGCGCGAUCUUAAAAGCAAAAGCGCACAGGGAUGGUCAAAGCCAUCAGGCGAGGGUAGGAAUGUGGUUGUUACUGGUACCACUGGCGGACUGGGUACCGAACUUCUCGUUACUCUCAUCCAUGACCCUAGCGUCAAACGCGUCUACGCUCUCAACCGCGCAAAUCCUCGAAAGCGUAAGAGUAUUAAAGAGCGUCAAGUGGACAGUCUAGCUAGGAAGGGCAUUCCAGCUGCUGGAAUUGUUGAAUCACAGAAGCUGUCGCUCAUCGAAGCCGACUUAGCAAAGCCAGAUCUUGGAUUGAGUACGACCAUUUACUUGGAAAUUAGUGCCAAAGUGGACGUGAUCAUUCAUAACGCCUGGAGAGUCGAUUUUAACGUCGCCUUGCAGUCAUUUGAGCAGGACAUUUCCGGUGUGGUCAAUCUUACCAACCUCGCGAUCACAUCAAGUCGAGGUGCUGCAGUCAUCUUCACGUCAUCAAUCGGAAGUCUUGCGCGCUGGCCAGUCGGCAAAAAGACAUUCGAGGAGCCGAUCUCAGACCCCGCAAUUGCAGUUGGAAUGGGAUAUGGUGAGAGCAAGUUUGUUGGUGAGCGUAUCUUGGCCACCGCCUCACAGAAGACGGGACUACCAACGACUGUCCUUCGAAUUGGACAGCUUUGCGGUGAUAGAAAGUCUGGUUUCUGGAGUUCUUCGAAUUGGGUACCAGCGAUUAUCAAGUCUAGUCUCGCCCUCAAAUGUCUUCCAAAUGGAAAUGAUUUAGUCGCGUGGAUCCCGCUAGACAAUGCUGCGCAAGCCAUUGUAAACUUUUCGCACAACAGAAGAAGUCUAGGCAAAACACAUGAUCUUUUACACAUCGUGCACCCACGCCCACCGAGCUGGAGCGCGGUCUUUAACGUGGUGGCUGAAUAUUUGAACAAGAGAGGCGCUGGCGUCACACUAGUGAGCUAUAGUGACUGGCUGGAAAGGCUGCAAGCCGAGGAUACCUCUAACAUGUCCGACAACCCUGCUAUCAAGCUGCUUCCGAUGUUCGAGUCCAGUGAUAUUGCUGCUCAUCGUCGAGAGUUUGUUGAGGCUAUGGGAAAUCCGCUUCUGCUGACAGAGAGAUCGCAGAAAGCGUCUGAGUCGCUUAGAAACUGUACCGAACUCAACCAAAGAGAUGUUGAGAAGUGGAUGAAUCACUGGGUCAAGGAGGGACUCUUAUAG